AUGGCAAAUUACAGCAGCGCCGGUUCCAGCACCAGCACCAGUAGCGACACCAGCACUCCUCUCGGCCUCAAGAACAAGCUAUCGUCAACGACCCAAGCCUCGUUGAAGAUAACGCCCGCAAACUCGCCCGUUCUCAAACCGGCGUCGAAUUCAAGACCCCCGUACAAAUCAACGAGCUAUCUCACCACGCUUUCCCUCCAAACAGUUAUCGGAACCACAACUUCAAGCCCAAAUGGCUUCUCAUAUCACGAACCCUCUCGCUCUUUUGCCCUAUGCGCAGGCUCUGCCGCCGUUCUCGCCGAGCUGGACGAGGACCUGUCUGUGUCCCAGCGUUUCUUUCGAGCACGACCAACGGCCACCAGCGUCAACCCUGUCCUUUCCUUCUAUAACCCUCCAGGUCCGCCAACCACACCGGAAUCACGACUUAGACCACCACAGGCCUCGCUACGGUUGUCUACAUCCAUAAACUCGCCACUGUUCUCCAAUUCACCAAACGCAGCAGAGUGGACAGAGAGUAAUGGGUCAAAAUCAUGGACGUCGCGAGAGAGAAUAAAGGCAGUCACAAGUGUUUCCCUCAGCCCCAAUGGCAGGUUUCUAGCUGCUGGAGAGACUGGCUAUAACCCCCGUAUCCUCUUGUUUUCGACAGCCAAGGACUCUCCCGCAGAUGUUCCCCUCUCGAUAAUCACGGAACACACCUUUGGCGUUCGAAGCCUUGCGUUCAGCCCCAACUCACAGUUUUUAGCAAGCUUAGGUGAUAUAAACGAUGGGUUUCUUUAUAUCUGGCAGAUCAGCCUUCGGAAUGGCUCUGCGAAACUUCACUCGACGAAUAAAUGCACGUCUUUUGUUCGAGAUAUGUGUUGGAUGGGGAAUAACCUAAUCACUGUCGGCAUACGGCAUGUCAAGGUUUGGAGGCUUGGAGAUGCCGGUAGGCCGUGUUCUCCGUCGAAACAACGGCCCAACGCCGACUCUCCCGUUACAUCUAGCAACCCACUACCAGUGGCAUUGUCAGGAAGAAAUUGCCUCUUGGGUAAUUUGCAUCAAAGCACAUUCACAUGUGUCUCUAAUAUUUCCGACACCGAAGCCAUUAUUUGCUCUGAUUCAGGGGUUGUUUGUUUUCUGGAUGACUCUAAUAACCAGCAAAAGCUUCAAUACGUCAAGCAAUUCGAUAUCGGUGUUUCAUCCGUUGUCGUGGAUAGAAAUUCUGGCUUCAUUUGGUUCGGUGGUCGUGGCCGACAGCUAGAAAAAUGCUCAAUAGAGGAGAUGAGAUCGUCUCCAAUGAUUUCGCCAACUUCGGCAAACAUCGAUGCCCAACCGUGCCCUACACCAAAAAAGGCUUCGAUUGUUUCUAUGGGCAUAGUCGACACGCAUAUGAUAACUGUCGACUCAUCCCGGACCCUACGCAUAUGUCCUCUAGAUCCAUUGAGCAAAGAUAACAUCGAAAGUGUAGCAGAUGUUUCUGUAUCUGCACAUAGAGAUUCAGUAUUAGGUAUCAGCGCUAUUGAGACCCCUAAUAGCAAAUCAUCGGAUUUUUUCACCUGGUCAUGCGGCGGGACAGUCAGAUUUUGGAACGUUGAAGGAACUUGCUGCGACACAUAUAAAGUCGACUUGGAACAAAUUUCAGACGAAGAUGAGGAUGCUAACGAACUGAAAGUUUUACGUGCCGCAGAUGGCAUAAAAAUGUUCGUUUCUGGAGAUAGAUAUGGCGUAGUCAGGACUAUUAAUGGAGAAACUUGGCAAUGCCAGAAUGAAGUUAGAGCUCAUGGGGCUGAAGUGACGGAUAUUGCGAUCUACUCAGACCCUGAUGCCACUUUAAUCGCUAGCAGCGGGCGUGAUAGAAUGGUCCAAUUAUUCAAAAGCAAUAACUAUUCAAUCGAGGUAAUACAAACGAUGGAUGAACAUGUUGGUGCAGUUGGGCAGUUGCUAUUCACCAAAGAUGGCAAGAGAUUGCUCUCUUCUUCUGCUGAUAGGACAGUUAUUAUUCGCGAACGAAUGACUCGGGAGGAUGACGGUGUCUCCACGGUUGCAUUUCUUCUCUCGAAAGUGAUUACGCUGAAGGCAUCGCCCGUUUCUAUAGUAACUCCUCCAGGCGACCCUGACACGCUUAUCUUAUCCACGAUAGAUCGCCUUAUACAGAGAUACCACAUACCUUCUAGCCGUCAGGUUCAUUCUUUCCGUGUUCUUGACCCAGAGAGUGGUGACACCGCUGUCAUGAGUUCCCUCAUUCUCGAGAAGGACUACCCUGAAUACGGUCCAAGGCUACUGGUUGGAGUCUCGACGACUGAUAAAUCUAUAAGGGUGUACGACUCGGAAAAGGAUACCCUCCUUACCCGAGAAUUCGGUCAUACUGAAGGAGUCAGUGAUGUUAUCCUUCUAGAAACAAAUGAGCCAAACUCCUCUGGCAUAAUCAAAAGAACACUCAUUAGCACCGGACUGGAUGGGGUAAUCAUGGUGUGGAAUCUCUCUACCCAACAGCAAUACUUGCAGGAAAGUCCGCAUCUUCUUGCCAACCCUGAAGAGGAGACUCCAACAAAGGAGCUUACUGCAGCUAAACCUCCACUUCGCCGCAUCCUUUCUAAGACUGAAUUGGCUGGAUUCCAAAAGUCUGAUAAUGUCAUGACAACGCCAACCCCAGUGCGUGAUUCUCCUCCACGUAUCCGCAAAAAGACCUCUAGAUAUACUCUAGGAGGCGGUUUCAAAAACGGUGUCAAUGGCGUAUCUACAGUAUCUACACCGCCUCUUCCUCCUCGUCGAUCUCCGACUGCGCCAUAUUCUGAUAGCAGAAACCAGGCCAACCGGUCUCCUUCACCCCCUAGUCCCCGGCAUAUGUCGAGAGCUGUGACCAACAAAACAAGCAGCGGCAGUCUCCGAGCCAAUGGAAGUGUACGGCGGCCAUCGAUGCUCGAAGUUCGCACUCGCACCUCCAGCAAACCAAAUUGGAACGCAUCUCCUAAUAGCAACUCGCCUAGUGAAUUUGGAAGCCUUAAUAUGUCCACCGAGCAAGUCUGCCGUACGCUCCGUGCAUAUCGCAAAAAGCUCAACGUCUCAUCCGAUAAAUUUAACCUCCAGGGAGCCAGCGAACUCGAGCGAGAACUUGAUCUAACUGUCCGCUCGUUAGGUGACAAAAUGAAGAAGACUCAACUGAACGGAACGAAGAAUGACUCCUACUCCAAUGGAAACACGCCAGUCACUUGCAGGAACAAAGACCUAUCACCACUAGCUUCAAAACAAGGCAGAGUAGCUCGUCGAAUACCCUCAACUCCUAACUUAGGCCAGGCGCGGAAAGAGAAGGGGCAUCGAACGAACUCUCUCGACGCAGAUGGAGAAGGAUAG